AAUGCUGUCCGGGUAGAAACCGGGACAUGGAGUGCCAUGCGGGGAAAAAAACAACAACAACAGCGGUUCUGGAGCUGAAACGAAGCCAGAGAGGAGAGAGCAUGAGAACAUGAGCCUCUUACCUCGCACCUCCGAGGAGUUCAGCUCCACGGAGUACUGGGACAGGUUCUUCAAGAAGCGAGGAGACCGGGCUUUUGAGUGGUACGGAGACUACAACAAGCUGUGCGGCGUGCUCCACAAAUAUAUCAAAGUCCAGGAUAAGGUGCUGGUUGUCGGCUGUGGCAACUCUGAGCUGAGCGAGCAGCUGUAUGAUGUUGGCUACAGACAUCUGACCAACAUAGACAUCAGCGAGACGGUGGUGGCUCACAUGAACCAGCGAAACGAAGAGCGCAGGCCCGACCUGAGCUUCCAGCGGGUGGAUGCCACCCAGACGCCCUACGAGGACGCCAGCUUCCAGGCCGCCCUGGACAAAGGCACCCUGGAUGCCAUGGCCUCUGCAGAGCAAGGGGCUCUGGCCAGGAGGAUGCUCGGUGAGGUGAGCCGGGUCCUGAAGGUCGGAGGGCGCUACGUGUGUGUGACUCUGGCUCAGGAGAGCGUGGUCAAGCUGGCCGUGGAGCACUUUGUCCAGCUCGGCUGGGCGGUCAGGCUCCACUGCCUGCAGGAAGAAAGGGGCAAAGAAGAAGAAGAAGACACCUUCGCCUUACCCGUUUUUGUCCUCGUCUGCACCAAGUUCCGCCAACCGAUGCCCGCUCCCAUCCUUGAGAUGUGUGUCGGGGACGAUGGCGCACCUGUCCGGCACGCGCAGGCGUGUGAGCUUCUGUCUGCUGUGAGGGAGUACCAGGCCUACUCUGUCCUGAGGAAGAGGCUUCGCACGAGCACAGAGCCUGGCUCCAGUCUUUCCCUGACUCUGUGUGACGCCAGGACAGGCCUUCCCAGAUACACUCUCACCGUGCAAGACUGUCCGCCCGGAGCCAAGGUGCCAAGGCCCAACCAGUUUGCUAUAUUUAUAGUGCCCAGAGGGAGUGAGACGGCUUGGCUCUACUGCUCGCCUGAGGGCAGGAGGCAGCUGGCUGCCAGCGCCAACUUUCGCCGCCUGGUUAUCGUCUCAAUGCACAGGAAUCAGGAGUACACAGACAUGGAAGCGGUCCAAUCAGAACUCUCGCCGGUGGUGAUGGACUUGGCUCCACCGGGUAUGCCAACCAACCAGCAGGUGCCAUUUCUGUCAGUGGGAGGUGAUCUCGGUUGGCGAGAGGAGGUCAGCAGGGGUGUGAGUCAGCUCAGCGGGGACUACUGUGUGGAGAACGUCAGAGGAGAAGAUGGAGAACUCUAUCGCAGACUCGUGUUCCUGUCCAACAUCUCCUUGGUUCAGUCAGAGAGCCGCCUCGUCUCAUCAAAUGCUGCAGCAUCAAGCCACAAGAAGAAGAACAAAAAGAAGAGCAAGGCAGCAUCUGCCGCGGUUCCGCCUUCAGCCUGUCUGUCGGUGGACAGCGGCUUCCUCUGCUGUGCUCACCACGAGGUCAUGGUGGCCGGUCUUUCUAUGCUUGGAGUGGGGACGCAGCAGGACAAAGACGUUCCGGUGUCAGUGCUCCUGGUGGGCCUCGGUGGAGGAGGCCUGCCUCAGUUCCUCCGGGACUUUGUACCCAACGCUACCGUUGAGGUUGUAGAACUAGACCCAGUUGUGCUGGAGGUGGCAAAGGAAUGGUUUGGGUUCCGGCCCGACGAGUGUUUGAGCGUGACUCUGGGGGACGGCCUGGAUCGCAUCGGUUCCCUGGAGAAAGAAGGAGGCCGUUUGUUUGACGUCGUCAUGUUUGAUGUGGACAACAAGGACAGCUCUUUGGGGAUGAGCUGUCCCCCUGCUGCUUUUGUAGAAACCCCUGUUCUGCAGAAAGUUUUUAACAUCCUCUCUCCCAGAGGUCUGUUCAUGCUAAACCUCGUGUGUCGUGACUCAAUCCUGAGGAAGACCGUGCUUGAGCGUGUCAGGAGAGUGUUUCCCACCAUCCUCUCUCGAAAGAUCGCCGAGGAGAUCAACGAAGUCCUCCUGUGCUUCCGAGAAGAAAAGGACGCCGCCCACAUCCUCCCAUCCUUGAGUCAGGCAGCCAAGAAUUUCCAGAGCACGUUGUCCUCUGAAAGGACUGAACCAAAACGCAGGCCACAUAUAGACAUUGCAGAGAUGUUAAAAGACCUGGUGAUAGAGUAACGGCUUAGUCAUAAGAUUUAGACAACGAAAAAAAGCUGAAAGUGCCUUUAUAUUAUUGUAAUGUAUCACUAAUAAAUGUAAGGUACAUUUUCUCUUU